AUGUCCGACAACGUCGAAGAAGGUGAAUUCGAAAGUUACGAUAGUCAAACAACCCUCACGGAAAUAGACGAACAGGUGUCGCACGAAUUGCUAAAAGACGCGAAAGAUCGCAUUGGGAUUACGCCCGAACUCAUAAGAAAAACGCAACAAGAACUCGGUUUGAUCAAAUUAUGCUGGCCAGAAGUCGACUUGAGAAAUGAUCUAUACCUGAAGACACUUCCGAAAAGUUACUGCACCGUCAGCGGCAAAGAGAAGGUGCUCGCGUGGUAUGCCGAAAACUUUCGACGACAAUUUCACGUGAAAUAUCCGGAUCGAAAACCGCUUCUGCUUGUGUGCAAGAACGAAUGCGGUGUGCAAAAAUUCGUGUCUACGGCUAUCAGACGAAGUACGCUGCCAUAUCCGGAACUGUACACGUGGCAGGGGUGCGGAAAAUUCGUCAGCGACUACAUCGAAUACGUGCCGCUUGACAAACCACUCAGCAUGGUAAGUAGUCAUCGUAAAACGUGUGUAUAACGCUAGAUUCGAAUAACGUCUUAUAUCCUCGUAAAGCUAAGCGACGAAGGUCCUUAAAUAUUAUAUAUAAUAUAUAUAAUUUCUCAUCGAUAUAACAAACAUCGCGGUUCUUGUCGUUUAAUCGGAUUUUUUGUUGUGUUCCUCAGUUAUUUUUUCUUUUGGACCAUUUAGUUUCGUGCGAGUCGCGUGUACGCACACACACUUCACCCAUACUUUUCAAACAGAUUCGUUCACGCACACAUCAUACACACAAUCUUACGUUUUAUUUACCGUACGUAAAUAACUCGCUAACAGAACACGAGAGGUAGAACUGUUUGGGAAAAGCGCAGUCCACAAUUGA